GGGCGAUCCCCGCAUACAACUCAUUGAAUCUCUUGCCCUCUUGAUAUUGUGCGGGACAGGACGAAGACUCUUAUAUCUAUCCUGGUCUUAAGAGGCGUCAGUUGAUAUAAUUGCCCGUCGCUUCGUCGUUCCUUAGGAUUUUAGCCAAAUAGAAGAAAUUGAUGGGGAAGAAUGUCUUCGGAAUCUUCUUCCAUUCAGCCCCCCACUGCCAUCCACCCUCGAACUAGCUCUACGGGUGCCACAGAUGGAGCUAGUGCAACCUCAUCUGUCACAGAAAAUUCCAACCUUGUGGCGGUUCCCGAAGUAGGUCGGUUUGAAUCAAAUGGCGAUCAACUGCAGACAAACACAAACCUCCUGCGCAAACACACUCGCAACCGUUCCAGUGUGGAUGGCACCAAGUAUAGAGACGGUCAAUGGUCACCGGAGAAUGAGAGAAUCGUGUUGGGUCCCUAUGAUUAUAUGUUACAACACCCCGGCAAGGAUAUACGCCGGCAGCUUAUCAACGCCUUCAACGUAUGGCUGAAAGUUCCCCCGGAGAGUUUGGCUACCAUCACCAAGGUGGUAGCUAUGCUUCAUACAGCAUCGCUGCUGAUCGACGAUGUCGAAGAUUGCUCUAUCCUUCGCCGCGGAGUUCCCGUGGCUCAUAAUAUAUACGGCACAGCUCAAACAAUCAAUUCAGCGAACUAUGUUUACUUUCUAGCUCUUCAAGAAGUGCAAAAGCUGAACAAUCCCGCUGCGAUUGAAAUAUUCGCUCGAGAGCUAUUGAACCUCCAUCGCGGCCAAGGAAUGGACCUGUUCUGGCGAGACACUCUCACCUGCCCCAGCGAAGAGGAAUACCUUGAGAUGGUUGGGAACAAGACCGGUGGAUUGUUUCGACUAGCUGUGAAGUUGAUGCAGGCCGAGAGUGAUACGGGAAAGGACUGCGUGACUCUGGUUAACGUGUUGGGACUGAUCUUCCAAAUCUGCGAUGAUUACCUCAACUUAUCCAGUACAACAUACACGGAGAAUAAAGGUCUAUGUGAGGAUCUUACAGAGGGGAAGUUUUCAUUUCCCAUCAUUCACAGUAUUCGCUCCGACCCGAGUAAUCACCAGCUCAUCAACAUCUUGAAACAGAAAACCAAGGAUGACGAAGUCAAACUUUACGCAGUUAAAUACAUGGAAGGCACUGGCAGCUUUGCGCAUACUCAGGAGGUGGUCCGGGAUUUGCGCGAGAAAGCGUUAGCACUCAUUGACGAGAUAGAUGCCAAUGAAAAUGGCAGGGAAUCCGAAGGCUACGAUGGGGUGACGAUACGUGCAAUUCUUGAUAAGAUAACUGAGUCGACUUUGAAAGACGAUCGAAGGGCAACCAAAUAGUUUGGAUUGUGGUUCUUCCAGCGACUACGAUUAUGAUUCGGGUAAUGCGCUAAGUUUGAGGGUCUCCUCUGCAAUUGCUUGGAUUGGAUCACGAAUCAACGAUUCAGACGAACAUAACGAUAAGUUAGCUCCUAUCUUACCUGUUGAUUUGUGUAAGUAUUGAAUAGAGUCAUAUCUACCAC